AUGAUGGCGGCAGCCCUAGAGAGAGGAGGGGUUCGGGCCGCCUUCUUGAACCCUGGCAGCGGCGGUGGUGGACCAGCACCGACAGCCGUCCCGGCUGGAGCGGCCGCCGGGGCCCUUGUGUUAGGUUCUGGGGGUACCGGCCCGAUGCCUGUCCCUAUGAACCUCUUCGCGACCUGGGAGAUAGACCGUUCUUCUCCGAGCUGUGUGCCGAGGCUGUGUAGCCUUACCCUGAAGAAGCUGAUUGUCUUAAGAGAACUGGACAAAGAGCUCAGCUCUGUCGUAAUAGCAGUUAAAAUCCAGGGCUCCAAAAGAGUUUUGAGAUCAAAUGAAUACAUCCUUCCACCCAGCGGCUUGAUGGAGACUGACCUGGAACUGACCUUUUCACUACAGUAUCCACACUUUCUCAAGAGAGAUGCCAACCGGCUUCAGAUAAUGCUGCAGAGACGAAAACGCUACAAAAACCGCACAAUCCUAGGUUACAAGACUCUGGCAGUGGGUGUCAUUAAUAUGGCAGAGGUGAUGCAACACCCAACAGACGGAGGUCAGAUCCUCGGUCUCCAUAGCAACAUGAAGGAGGCGCCGGCACGUGUUGCGGAGAUCAGCGUGUUCUCUCUGUCCAGUCAGCCCAUUGACCACGAGUAUGGCAGUGGUCAGGCCGGCGCCAAGGUCAAAGCUUCUGAUCGCUCUCCUGACAUGGACAACUACUCUGAGGAAGAUGAUGAUAGCUACUCCUCAGAACAAGAGGCCAGCGAUGAUGCUGUGCCUGGACAGGACCUGUAUGACGAAGACGAUGAGGUCCGAAAACCAAAGAAAGCUCGGAGGAAAAUUAUCAGAGCCACCUCCAUGACCAGGCAACCUAACUUCAAGCAGAAGUUUGUGGCCUUGCUGAAGAGGUUCAAGGUGACCGAUGAGGUUCUGGACUCAGACCCGGUGGACCAGACACAGGAGGUAGAGGAGGAUUUGGACCUGCUGUAUGAUAGUCUUGAGGUGUAUAACCCCAGCGAUAGUGGUCCUGAGAUGGAGGAUAAUGAGAGUGUUCUGAGCACUCCCAAACCCAAACUCAAGCCUUUUUUCGAAGGCAUGUCUCACUCCAGUUCUCAGACUGAGAUUGGUAGCAUGCACAGUCAGAAGAGUCAACCCAGAGAGCACUCAUACAUGGGCAGUGAUCUUCUGACCAUAGACAGAUGUAAAGCAGUUGGAGUCAGGUACCAUGAAGACACUAGUAUGGACUCCAUAGCUGGGGAGGCUGAAGCAGAGGAGUCUGGGACAGGCCCGGAUAUGACUUGUGGCUGGGAGGCCAGCACUGAUAGGCUGGCCAGCUCCAUAGGGAAGCUCUGCAAGACAGAGUCCCAGAAUCACAUGUCCCCCAGUAAAAUGGAAAACAGGCUUCACCGACGCGCUCGAAGCACGUCCAUGAAGGACAGGCAGAACUCCAAAACUCAGAGCGAUCGCACCAUCAGCAUGGACAGUGAAUGCUCCCCGGACUCACGCCUCAUAGCCCAGGUGCCCAGGAAAUCCGUGUAUGACCAGCUGAAUCAGAUCCUCAUUUCAGAUGAGCGGCUACCUGAGAGCAUUAUCCUCAUUAACACCGUGGACUGGCAGGGCCAGUAUGUGGCGGAGGUUCUCCAUAAGCAGGGUCAGCCAAUAGUGUCAACAUGCUCGGCUGCUGACGUACAGGCUGCGUUCAACACCAUCGUCACACGGAUUCAGAGAUUCUGUAAUUGUAAUGCCCAGACUCCACCCACCAUCAAGGUUGCCGUGGCAGGUGACCAAAGCUACCUCAGUACUGUUCUACGCUUCUUUGUCGAACAGUUGGCCAAUAAAACGCCAGACUGGCUCAGUUACAUCCGCUUCCUGGUCAUCCCCAUUGGCUCCCAUCCAUUGGCAAAGUAUGUGGCCUCUUUUGACAGCAAGUUUAACAGUCUCUUCAUGGACACAGCGUGGAGGGAGUUGUUCUGCCGGUCAGAGCCUCCUUCCUCAGACCCAGUAGACGUAGCUGGACGGAUCAUUCAGUAUCUCGCCGGUGCCAACGUGUCUCACCAGUUCCCCAUAUCAGAGGCCAUGCUUACCUACAAACAGAAGAGGAAGAGGAGUUUGUAUUUUGAUUUUUAUAUCAGCCCCGAUGAGGACUCUUGCCAAAAAUUUGUGCCAUUCAUUGGGGUUGUGAAAGUGGGCAUCGUGGAACAUAGCCUUUCUACAUCUGUGGACUCUGACGAUGCCAUGGGCGGGAGCGCAGGUGUGACCUCGUCUCCUGCUCCCCAGUCAGCCUCACCCUACGGGAAGGAGCUGUGUGGCACUCCACCACCCUCUCCCUCCGUCUCUGCCGGCCUGUCUGGAGCUGGUUCUCCGUGCACAGGUGGGGAAGUGAUGGGACUGCAGGUGGAUUACUGGACGUGGCAGGGGGCGGAGAAGAAAAAAGAUGGAGAGAAAAGAGAAGCAGGUCUGAAGAACACUCUGAAGAGUAAUUUCCGCUCUUUACAGGUCAGCCGCCUGCCCUGUGGAGGUGAACUCACUCCUCCUCCAUGCAUGGCUAUGACUGUGGUCACCAAGGAGAAGAAUAAGAAGGUAAUCUUUCUCAGUAAGAAGCCCAAGGAGAAAGAUCUGGACUCCAAGAGUCAGGUGAUUGAUGGGAUUAGCAGACUGAUUUGCACAGCCAAACAUCACCACACCAUGCUCAGAGUUUCCAUAGAUGGAGUUGAAUGGAAUGAUGUCAAGUUUUUUCAGCUUGCUGCUCAGUGGCCUACUCAUGUCAAGCACUUCCCUGUGGGUGUCUUUGGCUACACUAAGCCCAUGUGA